AGACCAGCAUGUGAGGGACCCCAACUGCUUGUGGCUGCCCCUCCCAAGUUCCUCCUCGCCUGGGCCCAAGCAUCCAGGCUUUCAGUUCGGAAGGAGGAGAGAACCCACUCAGUUUGCAGAUGCCCCUUUCCUUCUGGCCCAGUGGGGUUCCCCUCGCCCCACCUCUGGACAUCGAGCCUGGGUCCCCAGAGAGCCGCGUGUUCAUUCAUUCCUCGCCCCAUGAGGCUCCACCCGACCAAAAACAGCCCGCAUUUUGUCCUAGCCCCUCCCUCAGGCCAUCGCAAGGACCCGCAGCCCCACGCCCGCGACCUCCACCAGGCCUGAGCCUCCGCUGCCCGCAGGAAAACGCCCGGGCCCGGGCAGGGUGAACCUCGUGGGAACGGACAGGGUUCGAGCCCCGUGGGAGGCUUGCGGAGCGUAGCUUGGGUCCAGCCCAUCGGCACUGGAGGCCAUGGCGAGCACCCUGGACCUGGACAAGGGUUGUACGGUAGAGGAGCUGCUUCGAGGCUGCAUCGAAGCCUUUGAUGACUCCGGAAAGGUGCGAGAUCCGCAGCUAGUGCGCAUGUUUCUCAUGAUGCACCCCUGGUACAUACCUUCCUCUCAGCUGGCUGCGAAACUGCUCCACAUCUAUCAGCAGUCCCGGAAGGACAACUCCAAUUCUCUACAGGUGAAAACGUGUCACCUGGUCAGGUACUGGAUCUCAGCGUUCCCAGCAGAGUUUGACUUGAACCCAGAGCUGGCUGAGCAGAUCAAAGAGCUGAAAGCUCUGUUAGACCAAGAAGGGAACCGAAGGCACAGCAGCCUCAUCGACAUCGAGAGUGUCCCCACCUACAAGUGGAAGCGGCAGGUGACGCAGCGGAACCCUGUGGAACAGAAAAAGCGCAAGAUGUCCCUGUUGUUUGAUCACUUGGAACCUAUGGAGCUGGCAGAGCAUCUCACCUACUUGGAGUAUCGGUCCUUCUGCAAGAUCCUGUUCCAGGACUAUCACAGCUUUGUGACUCACGGCUGCACCGUAGACAACCCUGUCCUGGAGCGAUUCAUCUCCCUCUUCAACAGCGUCUCACAGUGGGUCCAGCUCAUGAUCCUCAGCAAGCCCACAGCCACGCAGCGGGCGCUGGUCAUCACACACUUCGUGCAUGUGGCAGAGAAGCUGCUGCACCUGCAGAACUUCAACACGCUGAUGGCUGUUGUCGGAGGCCUGAGCCACAGCUCCAUCUCCCGCCUCAAAGAGACCCACAGCCAUGUCAGCCCUGAGACCAUCAAGCUCUGGGAAGGUCUGACAGAAUUAGUGACAGCCACUGGCAACUACAGCAACUACCGGCGAAGACUGGCAGCCUGCGUGGGCUUCCGCUUCCCUAUCCUGGGUGUGCACCUCAAGGAUCUGGUGGCCCUGCAGCUGGCACUGCCUGACUGGCUGGACCCGGGUCGGACCAGGCUCAAUGGAGCCAAGAUGAGGCAACUUUUUAGCAUUCUGGAGGAGUUGGCCAUGGUGACCAGCCUGCGACCACCAGUGCAAGCCAACCCUGACCUGCUGAGUCUGCUCACGGUGUCCCUGGAUCAGUAUCAGACGGAGGAUGAGCUGUACCAGCUUUCCCUGCAGCGGGAGCCACGCUCCAAGUCAUCGCCAACCAGCCCCACCAGCUGCACUCCACCUCCCCGACCUCCUGUGCUGGAAGAGUGGACCUCAGUUGCCAAGCCUAAGCUGGAUCAGGCCUUGGUGGCAGAGCACAUUGAGAAGAUGGUGGAGUCUGUGUUCCGGAACUUUGACGUCGAUGGGGAUGGUCACAUCUCACAGGAGGAGUUCCAGAUCAUCCGGGGCAACUUCCCUUAUCUCAGCGCCUUUGGGGACCUGGACCAGAACCAGGAUGGCUGCAUCAGCCGGGAGGAGAUGGUCUCCUACUUCCUGCGCUCCAGCUCGGUGCUGGGCGGCCGCAUGGGCUUCGUACACAACUUCCAGGAGAGUAACUCGCUACGCCCGGUUGCCUGUCGCCACUGCAAAGCUCUGAUCCUGGGCAUCUACAAACAGGGCCUCAAAUGCAGAGCUUGUGGAGUGAAUUGCCACAAACAGUGCAAAGACCGCCUGUCUGUGGAGUGUCGCCGCAGGGCCCAGAGCGUGAGCCUGGAGGGCUCUGCGCCCUCUCCCUCACCCACACACCAUCGGGCUUUCAGCUUCUCCCUGCCUCGCCCAGGCAGGCGCAGCUCCAGGCCCCCAGAGAUCCGAGAAGAGGAGGUGCAAACAGUGGAGGACGGAGUGUUUGACAUCCACUUAUAAGAUGAUGUGACUAUCAAGGAUGCCUGCUUUGGAGAAAAGACUUGGAGCAGAGCAGGGAGCCUGGGGUUUGGGGCAGGAAACUGAGGGUGGGGGUUGAGGGUGGCAUGCACUGAUGUCAGGGCCAGGGCUGGUGUCCCUAAGGUUGUACAGAUUCUUGUGAAUAUUUGUAUUUUCCAGAUGGAAUAAAAAGGCCCAAAUAAUUAA